AUCGCCGAAUCGGUUGAGGUCAGAACUAAUCUGGUUAUGCAACGCGUUCGAUGUGAUACUUAUUUGCAGUCGAGAAAUAUUCUUCACCGCCCCACAUCGUGCGUGUCUGUUGACAAAAUGGUGCAGUGGCUCGUUAUUGGCAUUUCCGGCGUUACCUGCGGAGGGAAGACAAGCUUAGCGACGGGGUUGCACAGCUUCUUCACCACCAACCAAAACAAACACAUCCUCAAUACGAACCUGGUCGUCGGUGAUACGUUUGUGCUGAAUCAGGACAACUAUUUCCUACCGGAGGAUGAUAUGCGUCACAAAUUGAUACCAAAGCUCAAUCACAUCAACUGGGAGGUGAUGACGGCGUUGGACAUGGAGAAGAUGCUAUCCGAUAUCCGUGACAUCUUGAAGCCUGGCUUCAUCCUCUAUGAUAAGAACCGAAUUCUACCGACCACAUUCCAAGAGCAGCAUCAACAGCAGAUCAACAUUCUCAUCCUGGAGGGGUUCCUAAUUUUCAAUCAUCCGCAGUUGUUGCAGCUGUGUCAGGUGAAAUUCCAUUUACACCUUCCUUACGAGAAGUGCUUCCAACGUCGUCAGAACCGAGAAUAUAACCCGCCUGACGUCACCGGCUACUUCGAAAUGUGCGUGUGGCCAAUGUAUGAGAGACACUUUCGCGAAAUUCGCGACUGUGAAGAAAUUAUUAUGCUUAAUGGAGAACUUUCGCGCGAGAGGCUACUCAAUUUCGCCCUGCGGUGCAUUGGGCGAUUCCUGUAGUAAUUACACAUGGAUUUGACCUACUACAAACAUUUAGAUCUGUAAGAUUAGCUGUAAGGCAUACUCCGGUGUUUAUAUCCUACUCAAUGGUUAUUAACGCUAAUUCCGGGUGAGGGGUCUGCAGAAAGUGCCGUACAUCGAUCGGUAGAAGACAUGACAUUGCCGGGAACAUACAAAAGACACGGGAAUCACUGCCCUUAACGGGUUCAUCGACUGUAAUUUAUGUAUAAGUAGACUAAGUCCUCGUGCACAACUGCGGGUGGAAGGGGGAUCACGGUGCAGGUGGGGCUAAUGUGACACAAAGUAUCACCUAUUCUUUUUACCAUUUAAAUACGCUUAUAAUUAUUAUUAUAAUUUUCUUUGUGUAUUUAUGUGCCUCUGGCUUAAAUGCCAGCCAUUCUAAAAAAAAUUUUUCUAACCAAUGAAAAAAGCUAUUUUUCCUUUAAUAAAUUUUUAAAAAGGAUUAAA